UCGCCCCUCCCUUCGUUGGUUUCGGAAUUGCGGUUUUUUCGCUUAAAACAGCAUCAUGUCGAGCGCUCGCUGCUUAAACUGGUCCCGACCGCCGCCGGGAAGGCAUCCAGCAGCGCUCCGGAAGCAGCUGUCCUGCAUCGAACCGCCGUCACCCGCACGUCGACCCCUGCCCGGCGGUGGACGUUCCCAAUCGGUAACUACUAGCACACCGUUGCCUGUCCGGCCCGAUACCGACUUCUGUCACUUUCUCGUCACCGGUGCGAUCAUUCACACGAACCGUUUGCAAACCUAUCACACCUACAAUCAGGCCCACCGUGGUGCAAGUGCCUCCUUGGUACGAUCGCGCCCUACACCACACGGCGGCGAGGACGGUGCGGACGGUGCGGACGUUGGUCAGCAGCAGCGCCGUCGUCCAUCCAGUGCCAGUGCCGGCGGUCUGCUAACGACUACGACGGACGAACGAACCACCGUCAGGGCCGGCCGGAGAGCGAUCCUUUGCAAGCAGCUAUCCCUCGAUCGGAACAUUCUGGUAGCAUCGUCCAUCGCGUCCGGGAUGGCGACGGUUGCAUCCGGUGCGGGUGGUACCAUCCCUUUGGCGGUGGGUGCCGACCGGGACGAGAUGGGUGGUGACGGGUGGGCCUUCAACCGGAAGCAGCAGCAGCAACGGUCCGCGAGUGGACAAAGAAAUGAACCCGAUAGUAAUGCUAAAAAAGGGCUCAAAUCGAACAAAGAUUCACGGAUCAACAUAAAAAUCUUUCUGGGACAAACCGUACAGCAGGAUUCGUCCGACACCGGUAUGAGCGAUACAGAGGGUGCAACCCCAACGACAGUAACAGCACUACAGCAGGGAAACAACACUAGCCGACCGAUCGCUUCCUACUCCAAGCAGGAACCAUCCAUCACGAACAUGUCCUCCGACACUGCAACUGCCGGUGGAAAAAGCAAACCCACCAACGGAACAACCAGCAACGGCACACCGAACGCUUCCCAGGCUGGUGCGGGGACCUCGAAUGCAAUAACAAGCGUUAGCAACGGUUCCAGCUCGAGUGGAAGAACCUCUUCACUGGCCCAGCGUAGGGCACAGUUUCAGGCGAACCGGCAAAAUUCGGAAGCUCACGAUCGACGCCAUCCGCCAUUGGUGCGGGCUAUGUCCGCACCGAUCCGUCCAGCUGAUACUGAAGCGACGAAACUACUGCAAGGCAAGAAAAAGCCACGCCGCAGGAAAGUGUUAAGGGAGAAAGACGAGUAUAAUAUCUGUGAGGAAGAUGAGUUUAGUGAUGAUGGAUGCAGCAAAGUGGGCCCACCGGGAAUGGGCGGACUACAGCACGGGUCGGGGUCGAAUGGUCGGCAAGUACCUGCCUGCAUUUUGCCCAUGCGGUCCCGCUCCGUACUAGGCGGUCCUUGCGAUAUAGAGACGCUCGUUUCGCUGCUCAGUUCCGGUGGUAGUGACUCGGAAAAGGAGCAAGACGCGACGCAAACAUCCCCGGGCAAUACUGGACAACAGUCGCCAACAGCUACCGCAGCACCGCCGGUCACCUAUCACAGGACACAAUUUUCCUCAGCCCAUCUCGCCAAGGGACGCGCUCCGAUGCUCAAGAAAGCCGGCAAGUCUGUGUCGUUUCAGGAGAGCGACCUCAAACCGGUCGCCACAGCCGGACUCAAUCGGGAUUACCGUAAGCCAACGUUUCAACCGACGGUGGCAAGCAGAAUUCGUCGUACGCAGCAGCUCGUUAGUACGCUCAAUGCUUUCCAGUUGAAUAAGGACAAGGAGCGAAGUGAGGAUAAAGAUACGGACGAUAAGCAGAGCGAUCCGUCCGACGAUGCUGGAAGCGAUCACCUUAACGACAACAGCUCAUUCACGGAAACUGCAACGAUACCGUCCACUAAUGUCGGUAGCGUUAAAGGAAACGCUAACAAGACAUCCAACAGUGGUACGGUAAAUGUUUCUACCAACGGUGAUCUUCAGACGCCUAAAGAACAGGAAUGUUAUCGACUGUUUCUCAAGAUGUCUAAGAAGGGUUUGGCCGUGUCGUACGAUACCAUCCUUCGUGGAAUGCUCACUCCAACCGAGCUGCGUGUCCUGCAGAAAAAGAAAAACCGCCAAAGCAUUGAAAAUGGCACCGAAACUGGAACCGGCGGUGAAAGUUCACCAGAAAAUGGAACAUUCGAAAAUGGGACCACAUUCGAGGAGUUUCAAUACCAACAGAAGGGCGAGAAUUUACAGCUUACCAUACCGGAGGAACCACCAACAGUACCGAACGAGCACAAUAGCAGUGAGCAGGAACAUCCAAUUGUUGCAGAAAGCGCAUACUGAAGUGCUAAGUGUGUCUAGAUUUUGUGUUUUUUGCUAUCACUUUGUUUGUAUGUUGUACGCCGUGGUGUAGCUGACGUGGAGAACUGUGAUAGGAAGUGUACGAUGGCUGAGAAGUAUACGGUGCCCGGUGACUCCGACACUGUCGGGGAACACUACCUGUAUGUGUGUUACGGAUGUGAUUUGAAACUUAUGUCUUCGUUAGUACUGUUUCUGUUCCGUUGAUACUUGACCAGAGUUUAAUGUUAAUGUUUUUCGCUUAUUUGUAGCAGAAGAGGAACCGUGUGAUCGAUUAGCAAGAUGGUAGUGAUGUACUUCGAUUUGUGUGUUCUAAGCCUUGAAUCCAGUUGCAGAUCCCACUAGAUACAAAGCGCACAAAUAAAUAGCACCAUCGAAGUUGCCGAGAA